CCGGUGCAGUGGCUACAGGAACUGUUCGACGUCUUCCCACAUCUUACCUUCAUUGGCCUCAGGUACGGCUGGGCCGUACCGACAGACAAGGCGCCGGCGCUGCCAUUACGACGGUAUCGUGUAGAGACACUCCAGCUCGACACGAUGAUUGAUCGCCAGCUGCCCUGGGUGCUUGCUCACUUCGAGCACGUGCGCACCUUCGAGCUCAUUCAAUGCGUCUGCCAUAUGCCGUACAAGAGCCUGCACCAUCCGUCGUGUGUGCAGAUCGAGUCGCUCAAGUUCAAGCGGUCGCUUGCGGGGAACCUGCGGAUGCUGGCGCCGCUCGUCGACCCGAAUGCGCUCCGAUCGGUCCAGAUUGAUGGGCGCCUCGACGGCUAUGCGGAGAUGGCUGAGGCCCUAGAUGAUUUCCUUCGCAUCGCGGGCUCGAAAAUCGAGUAUCUUUCCGUCCUCAUGGGCUGGAGUGGCGGUAGACCGUCUGCGACCAGUUUGUCGUCCCUCUCCACAUGCACCGAACUGCGCUGCCUGAAGUUAUGGUUGGCCGAAGCUUGGCAAUUCGACUUCCUCUGCCACAACAUCCUGCCGUUCAUCGCGUCUUCCAUUCGCAAGAUCUCUAUUUGUUUCUGGCUUGAUUGGUUCGAGCAGUUUUUCGCCUCAGGCCCAGCGUGGCGCAACCUCGAGCGGGGCCUUGAUCGCUGCCUUCCGACGUUGGAUGAGCUGGUGUUUGAUGAGAUUUGCGAGGCUGAGCUGGUGGACAGGUGGCACAAUCAGAUUUCCGCAGAGCUAUCCCCACAGUUUCGCAGGCUGAUACGGGUGAUCCCCCAGCACUCGUAGUGUGCAGACAACGAAGAUAGC